AUGGCUGUCUCAAGGGCUCCAGCACACGACUCGGCUCGUCAGAGGAUGGUCUGGCUGUUUCCACUUGUCUUCUGCCUCGGCACAGGGAGUGAUGUUCCACAAAGCAGCUCAAACCCCCGACUCAUGAAUGGCAUUCUAGGGGAGUCUAUAGUUCUUCCUCUAGAGCUUCCAGCAGGAAAGAUAGCCAGCGUCAUCGUCUGGAGUCACAAAGAAGCAUUGCAGGGCACUAUAAUGUUCAUCAUCCAACUAAAGGAGCCCGAAAAGCCAAAUAUCAUUAACGCUAAUCGAGAGAAGGAGAAGAGACUGAAUAUCACCCAGUCCUACUCCUUGCAACUCAACAACCUUACAAUGGCCGACACGGGGUCAUACACUGCACAGAUAACCACAGAAGACACUGAACCGACCAUCUUCAGAUAUACUCUGAGGGUCUUUGAACGACUAAGUAACUUAGAAAUUGCCAACCAUACUCUCCUGCUAGAGAAUGGCACCUGCCAGAUGUACCUGGCCUGCACUGUGAAAAAUUCAAAUCAGACUGUCUCAUUCGAGUGGCAAACCACGGGAAACAUCUCUUUAAGGGAACCAAAUGUCACUAUCUCUUGGGACCCGAGGAAUUCCAGCAACCAGACUUACAUCUGCAGAGCCGAGAAUGCUGUCAGCAAUUUGUCGGUCUCUGUCUCUACCCAGAGUCUCUGCAAAGAUUUAACUAAUCAACCCUGGACUAAAGCACAGCUUACAGCUAUAAUUUCAAUACCCAUGGUUGUAGUUAUUCCCGUCUUUCUGUACAUGUGCAUAUAUCUUUGGAAGAGAAGAAGAGGUUCUCUUCCUCUGACUCGCCAACAUCCAGAUUCCUCCCAGAGCUCAGAUACUCCCGGCUCUCCUGGGAACACAGUGUAUGCACAAGUCAGUCACCCGAUGCAGGAAAUGAAAAUCCAAAAUCCUAUAAAAAAUGACUCCAUGACAAUUUACUCCAUAGUUAAUCACUCCAGAGAGCCCGUUUCUCCUAGGCUGAAUACUCUUAAGGACAUCAAGUAAGUUGGUGAAAGACUUUAAAGAAAGCCAAGCAGAACACACCUCCUGAUCCCUUGGAAGAGCACAGAAAAGAAGCCUGUUUUCCAACCGGCAAUGGGAUCCAGAUACCCAGGGUGAUCACUUCAGACUUGAUCCUCCAUACACAUGUCAGACGCUUCAGGAGUGGCAGGAUCUGUAGAGACAUAACCCCAAAAUUGCUUUCCAAUCAAAUCCAGGACAAAUCCUGCUUUGGAUAACAUACCCACGUGCUGCUUCCUCUCUGAUAACUAAACGAUCAGACUUUCGAUGGACAGAUCAUGAUUCAGCAAGGAAUUGUUUCUCCUCUAGAAGGCAGCAGGAUGCGAUUGGCUUGUAGAAAGAGCAUGGUGUUUGGCUAAAUGUGUAGCAUCUGGCAUUGGAUGGGCCCACACACAUGCCCUGACAAAUCAUUUACUUAGACAGGCCUCCUGGGGUAAUUCCUAUGUUCUUGGACUUUUAAUCUCAUAGCCAAGAAUAAGAGGAGGAUAGCGAUACACCGGUUCCAUUGCUCACACCAGGAAUCUAAGCCAUACCUGACUACGGUUUAAUCACCAAGCACUUGAGACUCUACCUCCAAAAUAUAUUAAA